AGAGCAUCACGAUAACUCAGACGUCACCAACGAUUUGCACACGAAACGGAACAUUCGGAAUGGUCGAACCAGAUCCACAUGUUGAAAAACGUCGUAUCUAUAAAAUUGUCCUUACAGGUGGUCCCUGUGGUGGAAAAACCACAGGACAAGAGCGUCUUCGGACAUUUUUCGAGGAAAUUGGAUGGAAGGUAUAUACUGUCCCGGAAACAGCCAAUAUAUUGCUUGGUGGUGGCGUGAAAUUUAUCGAGUUGUCAGAGGAGCAAGUUUAUAAAUUUCAGAAAGAUCUGUUAUUAACUUUGCUGAGAAUUGAAACGGUUUUCUUUAAUCAAGCCAAUGCAUCAAAUGCUAAACGUAUCUUAAUCAUAUGUGAUCGUGGAGCCAUGGAUCCGGCAGCAUACAUUGACAAAAAAUCUUGGAAUAAAAUGUUGAAGGAAAUGAAUUUGGAUCAAUUCAGUCUGCGAGAAGAUAGGUAUGACCAAGUUCUGCAUAUGACGACUGCAGCAGAUGGCGCUGAAGAAUAUUAUACUUUGGCAAAUAGUAAUGUAAGAACGGAAUCGAUCCAGGAAGCUGUAGAACAAGAUCGACGCACCCGAGAUGCCUGGCUUGGGCAUCCACGCGUUGAUGUAAUCGAGAAUGUCGGAUGCAAAUCAUUUGAGGACAAAAUGCGUAAAUUAAUUGCUGCUUUGUGCAGUCGAAUGGGUCUUCCUACUCAAGAUCGAUUGGCCUUCAAUAGCAAGAAAAGAAAAUGGCUUGUCGCAUCGUUUGAUGAGAAGCGUUUGCCACGUUGUGAGGUGUUCUUUGUACGGCAUAAUUAUUUGUGUACCAACGAUCAGAAUAUUCAGGUUCGGUUACGUUCUCGAAGGCAAAAUGGCCGCACGACAUAUGCUAUAACAACUCGGCACUAUGAUGGUCCAGAACCGGUCGAAACUCGCAUGCAGUUGAACUAUCGAGAAUAUAUGAAUUAUAUUAAAAUGCAAGAUCGUUCGAGAGUGCCGAUCAAUAAGGAACGGAGAUGCUUCAUGUAUGGCAAACAGUACUAUCAUUUGGAUACGUAUACUUCACCAUUACCACCAUCAUGUGAGGGAAAGCCGUUAAUGUUACUGGAAACAUACACGACUGCUCCGAUCGGUGACACCAAUGAACCAAUAUUACCCGACUUUAUGAAUAUUUCAAAAGAAGUGACAGGUGAUCCAGCCUAUAGUAUGUAUACAAUUGCCGAUCUAAAGAUGGUCAAGAGAAACUAAGAAACUAACGUCUUGUUUUGUCACGUUGAAAAUUAUUCUAUAUUACUCUUAACAGUUUUCAGUUUUUUGUCAGACGUUAAACUAGUUAUUAAUUAUUGCAGCAGUAGCCUAUAUUAUCCAACCUGAGUUCUAUUCAAGCAGACGUAUUUUUUGGCUUUACUUGCACAGGAAUCAUGGAUUAGGAGAGAUGAGGUGGUCUUAAAAAUUAUGGCUGUAUGCUUACGAAUUUGCCUGGCGAGAGCUUCUAAUUGUGUUUUAUUGCUCCCGCCUUUCCUGUAAAUUUUUUCGAAAAAUGAUAUUAACAAUAAAUAGGCAUGGUAGAAUUUCGUUUCCUUGAAGAGUUUAUUGAAGUAAUUGUUUCGACUAUCUUGAAGAGGUCUCUACAGUCCAAAAUUCUUGGGAAAUUCGUGUUUUUAUGUUCUUUUGCUUUUUUUCCUGUCUUCAUGAUUUCGUUCUCGGGAUGGCUUCUUCAUAAACCACACUUUAUUUUAAUUUUAAAAUCUGAAUGCUGUUUGCAUUUUUACACAGGGGCUACUGGUAAAAAUGCCUGUGAUUAAAUCUACAAGACUUUGGAGUUAAUUCAUACCGAAACUUCGUAGUUCUCGUUCUGAUUGAAUUAUCGUCAUGCAUUAUCUCUAUGGCCUAACGUUUUCGCCGCCAUUCAUUUCAUCAUACUCAUUGGGACGCUAUGUGAUGUGUUUACUCUUACCAACAAAACUGAUUUCGAAAAUAUUUCACUGAUAGCUUUUCUUUUAGAAAUUUCAUGAUUGAAUUUAGCAGAAACAGAUUGAACCGCACUUUUUAUCGUUCCAAAGUCAUCAGCACUGCGACUUGUUAACUGUUCAAAAGUUGAGGUGAAAUGGAGAACUGAUAAUUAUUACCCGAAUAUGUAUCUCAGUUUCAUCGUAGUCCAAGCGAUGUUCCGUUAUACUAUAACCGUCUGAGUUUGCAUGUUUUAAUUUAUGGAAAUCUGAUGGUUGCUAUUAUAUUGUAUUUCUUAAAGAUAUGUGUCUUCGGCUGUCUAGUCUGCUACUAUUCCUCAACUUUAAAAAAGGUAUGCGACACUGUCAGCAAAAAGUAUCACGUAUGUUUCUAUUUCUUCAACAUUCAUGUUAAUUUGCAAAUUCAGUGUUUGCUAAUAACCAACCAUGUCAUGAAGCUGAAAUAGAUAUUUUCUUUAAUUUUUCCCUUAACUUUCUGUUUCAAACUGUUUCUGAAACAGCAAUCAGUACCGUUAGCUAGCGUGUGUUUUCACUAAUUUUAUAUUUAUCAAAAAUCAAAAU